CUCAACUGCUCCAGUCAGCCUGCUUCCAGAGGCCUAUCAGUUAGGGCAGCACCUGUGGCUGAGUGAGCAGCAUCAGGCAUGUACCAGGUGGUUGCGUUCUUGGUAAUGAUCGUGGGAACCCACACCCUCAAUUUGCGGAUACGGAGGGACUGCGGCCGCCGCUGGAACUGCUUCUUCGGCAAAGGACAAGAGCCCUCUGAAGAGUGGCUGGUGCAGAACACUGUACCUGUGUCUCCCCCGGAGCCUGCGAGCCUCACCCACCACACAGAAUCCUGCAGGGCCAGCGAAGAUGGACCUCUCAACAGCAGGUCCAUCUCCCCUUGGAGCUAUGUGUUGGACAGGGACUUGAACCGGCUCCCACAGGACCUGUACCAAGCGCACUGCCUAUGUCGACACUGCGUCAGCCUAAAGACAGGCUCCCACAUGGACCCCCUCGGCAACUCAGAGCCACUCUACCACAAUCAAACGGUCUUCUACCGGCGGCCAUGCCAGGGCAAGGAGGGUUCCCAUGAAGGCUACUGCCUGGAGCGCAGGCUUUACCAAGUUUCCUUGGCUUGUGUGUGUGUGCGGCCCCGUGUGAUGGCCUAGUGGUGCCUGCCACGUGCCCGAGGCUGGUCCCUUGUCGGGAAGAUGAGUCCGGUGUCCAAUCACCUUG